AUGGAUAGGUCAUUCAGUUCGCAGUCAUCGGACUCGCAUCAUCCUGCAGCAGUCCCUACCGGUGUUGAGCCCACAGAUUUACCAUAUCGCCAGCUGGACGAAACGGCGAACUUUGAGGAGUUCACAGAAGAGACGCCCAAUGGACAGAUACUCAAGUCCGUCAAAUCUAAUGUGACGGGGAAGAUUGAGGAUUAUAAGCUCGUCACGUUCACAGUCGGAGACCCCGAGAACCCGAAGAACUGGAGCAAGCUCUACAAAUGGUAUUGUACCAUGGUGGUGGCAUUCACCUGCUUUGUGGUUGCUUUUUGCAGCAGUGUCAUAACUGCUGAUCUAGGGGGUGUUAUCGAGGAGUUUGAUGUUUCCCUGGAGGUGACCCUCCUAACAAUAUCUUUGUUUGUUGUCGGCUUUGGUGUUGGCCCCAUGGCAUUUGCACCGGCAUCCGAAUUGGUUGGUCGAAAGCCAGUAUAUGUUUCGACCUUGUUUAUCGCCGUCAUAUUCAUAAUACCGUGUGCUGUUUCAAAAAACAUUGCUACGCUCCUAGUCUGCCGCGCCAUCGACGGCAUCGCAUUCUCUGCCCCAAUGACACUUGUUGGAGGUACUUUGGCGGAUCUAUGGCGAAGUGAGGAGCGAGGAGUCCCAAUGGCUGCGUUCAGUGCAGCUCCAUUUCUAGGUCCAGCGAUCGGACCCUUGGUUGGAGGCUUCUUGAGUGAUGCUAUGGGCUGGAGAUGGCUAUACUGGAUUCAGUUGAUUCUAUCCAGCGUUGUAUUCCUUCUAAUCACCUUUACUCUUCCCGAAACAUACACACCCACCCUACUCGCCAAACGAGCCAAGAAACUUCAAAAGGAGAAAAACGACCCUUCAUAUGUUACUGAAGCCGACCUGGACUCGCGGCCCAUGGGAGAAAAACUACGCAUAUUCAUGAUCAGACCAUUCCAGCUUCUAUUCCUGGAACCGAUCGUCCUUUUUCUUUCGAUUUACAUGUCGGUCCUCUACGGGCUCUUGUAUAUGUUCUUCAUUGCAUAUCCCAUUGUAUAUGAGGAAGGAAAGGGCUAUUCAUCUGGCAUUACGGGGUUGAUGUUUAUCCCCCUAGCUAUAGGAGUAGCAGGCAGUGCUAUUUUUGCUCCAAGUGUUAACAAGCAUUAUUUAACGCUUGUUGCUAAAUAUAAUGGCAAACCUCCGGCGGAAAUGCGUCUUGUCCCGAUGAUGAUAUCCUGCUGGCUCAUCCCAAUCGGUAUAUUCAUCUUCGCCUGGACGUCGUACUCCGAAGUUCAUUGGAUCGGUCCUGCCAUAGGCGGUUUCCCAGUCGGCUUUGGUUUCAUCUUCCUUUACAACGCUUGCAACAACUAUUUAGUUGAUACCUACCAACACCAGGCUGCUUCUGCCCUGGCCGCUAAGACAUUCCUCCGUUCGAUGUGGGGUGCCGCGGUAGUUCUCUUCACCAACCAGAUGUAUUCCAGGUUAGGAGACCAGUGGGCUAGCUCACUCAUCGCAUUUAUUGCUCUGGCCUGUUGCGUAAUUCCUUUUGUAUUCUUUUUCAAGGGGGAGGCAAUUCGUCGACAUUCCAGAUACGCAUACGUCGAGGACGAGGAAAACACGCCAGAGAAGAGAUAG